AAUCUUUCAAGCUCCUAAAGGACCACAGAGCAGAUGGUGUAGAAUAGGUGUGGUUUAGCACAGUCUCUGACUCUUACUGGUCGUAGUAGAAAAUGUCUCCAGGGUGUAACGUUUCCAUCACACUGGUGAUGAUUACUUUUCGCCUCCGAGAACCUGAUUUCCCAUGGUUCCGAUACAAUUUUAAACCUGUUAUGAUUUACUUGACACCGCAAGAGUGAUGCGAAACUGCGAGGCGUAACGUUAGCGACCGGAAGAAAAUGUACGAAUCUUACUAUGGCGAAGACUUGGUUGUUAAUAUUCAUAACCGGUUUGCUUCGCCAUUGGAAAGUUAGCAAGGAACGUCUGCAGCACCUAAUUGAAAUUCAACAGCCAAGCAUUCGCUAUUAGACGGUAAGGGACGUCGGCACAGUCUUAUUCAUAUUCAUACUCAAACUCUUCCCAAUUGGAAGAUUACCGAGAAACGUCACUCUACCUGAUGUCCUUUGCCAUAGUAGAAUUAGUCAUUUCGCUAUGAAGAGCUCAGUUCAUCUUUAAAUCGGAGCGUGGGAGGGAGAACGGCGGAGAGCAGAAGCCGGGAGGCCAAAAUGUUCAUCAGACGAGAAGGUAUAGUGUGGAUGGCUUGAUGCAGCAGGAAAUCAGGGUGAUCUGUGGGAGUGUAUCUGAUGGCCUCGGUGGAGUUACUGUACAUAGAUAAUAGACGGGCGAGGCCCGAUCCCCCUGGGGUCCUGGAUUGGUCAUCAAGCCCUCUUCAUGUUCACAGGCUAAACAGCUCGGUGGAAGAAGCGUCUCCCACUGUGAAGGUGCCUGCCUAUGAGGGACAGUGUAAUUCAGCACCAAGGACGGCUCCUCUCAGAGGACAACAUGGCCAGCACCGCCAUCAUCCCGCAGAGAAGGUCAGGGUGUGCUGCGACGAGGAGCUGGAGACCUCGUUCACCUACAUUGAUGAAAACGUCAAUCUCCGGUUGGCCACCCCGGACACGAGCGAGAAAAGUGCUCGGCGUGCGUCUUCGCUCCAUGACUCCUCCAGUGAAAUCCGUCCCGAGGGCCUCCAGGAGUUGUCGCUGAUGUCUGACUUCGAUCUCAGCUCAGAGAGUUCGGGGAAAUCCAUGGAUUACGGGUUCAUCAGCGCAGUCACGUUCCUCAUCACCGGGAUCUCGCUGGUGAUCAUAUCGUACACGGUCCCUCGUGAGGUCAGAGUGAACCCCGACAACGUCUCCGCACGCGAAAUGGAAAGACUGGAGAACGAAAGCGCCAGGAUAGGGGCGCACCUGGACAGGUGUGUCAUCGCAGGCCUUUGCCUUCUCACUUUAGGUGGAGUGGUGCUGUCCACUCUGCUAAUGAUUUCCAUAUGGAAGGGUGAGAUGUACAGAAGGAAAGCCUUUGCUUAUUCCAAGCACUCUGCAAAGCUCUACGGUUCGAUUAAUUUAAGAACAAGAUCAAGCCCCAGUCGUUCAUCGCCACCACAUAGUUUGGUCGAGGAGGAGAAUGUCAUUAGUUGACUCUUUACUCCAUUCAUCUCUAUUGGACUGCCAAUAUAACGUUGACCUUUCUAGCAUGGCCAAAACAGCUUGUUUUUUUUUUUACCUUGAAUCAGUGACAGUUGCUUACUGAUGCAGAAAAUAACUAGCAUCUUGUAACAGAUUUCUCAGGCUCCAGAAAUAUACAGCAUGAUAACAUUUGUUAUGAAGCAAGUUACUUUUUGGAUAAACAGACCAAACUCCAGGUUGUGUGGCAGCAAGUAAAAUGAAGUUGCUGAUAGCAUUUUAACCCGUAAUCUCCAAGCUGAAAAUGUGAGAACCAAAGCUGAUUUAGCUAAAGAAAUGAGUCCGGUUGGUUGUACAGAAUCCUGCUGCUACUGACAAUCCCACUGCCUCUUUCUUACUCUUUCAGAAAACUAAAAUAUUUCACUUGCUCCAUUUCCUCAUUGUGUGUAGAGUGAUCUACAGUCUUUGGUUUGGAGCACUUCUUAGCAUUUAGAUCCUCAAAAAGCAUUGUCCUUGCUGCACUGGGAUGUUUUUGCCAUUAUUUUCUUACAUUGUCCUUGUUAGUUCGUGUGUGGAAUGAGCCAUGCAGAAAUCUAAUACACCCCCUCCCCCCAAAAGCACUAAAAUAUUUUAUAAAUAUUUAAUGGAGGAGGCUGCCACACAAUGAUUUGCCAUCUUUUGGAAAUUUAAAUCCAUCUCUCUGAGAGAGCAAAACAUAACUCCUGUAUCUUCACUGACCCAAUAUACACAGCUGAACUUAUACAGUAGUAUUGACACUAUUGAGAUAAAAAAAAAAAAUAAUAAAAUCUGUGUUCACAAGAUUUAUCAUAGGAAUUACAAAUACAAUCUAUUUAUCUUUUUCGGUGCAUACUCUGAUGAUAAAUGACAGUUCAUUAAACUCAACUGACUCACUCUGGUAUGAAAAUAAAAUAUUAUUCUUGAUUUUGUGUUUCAUUCCUUGUGAUAUAUCAUAAGUAUGUAGCUAUUUGAUUGCAAUAAGCGUAACCACUUCACCUGAAUUUAUAAUCAUGAGUUGGCUGUCUCUGAACUGGUUUUGUGUAUUUUUCUUGGGUUGCAUUGGAUCAAAGCGACAAAGAAAAAAAAUCUCUCCAAAACAUUAGCUGGUCAUAAGUUGCAUUGGGCCUUUUCUCGCAAAUAUUUUAGCUUUAAACUCAUAUAAACUUUCUGUGUGUUAUACCAGUGUUCUUCACGUUUGUUAUCAAUAUAAAAGUAACGUGUAAGCUUGUAACUGAUUGUAAUAUAAUAAAUGCUUUGAUUUUA